GCAGGAGCCUGGCGGCCACCGUGAGGAUCGCCGCGGGCAGCGCCUGGGCGGCUCGCGAGGGACCGAUGCGCACAAGGAGCGCGGCGGGCGGGGCGAGACGGCCGAGGUGGAGCAGGGCGGCCCGAGCGCUGACGCGUGCGCAGGCGGGCGCGCGCCGGACCGUCAGAUCGACGCUUUCCUGGCGGAGAUCAAGCUCAAGCAGAGGACGGCGGACCCAGACACGGUCAGGCAUGUGCACGUGAGGCUGCCUGGCCGCCCCCUGCGGACUGUCAUCGACAUGCUCGCCAAGGGCGUCGCCAGGCACGGCGAGGACUUCGAGGACGCUGCCCGCGCCGACGUUGCCCUGCGGCGGCGCGAAAUCCUCGAGGAGCUGGGCUGCGGUGGCGAGCGCGGCGCCGCGGUGGACUUUGGCUUCCUGACCGUGCGCCCGGAUCGUUGCGGAAGCCUGCCGGAGGCGCAGUACUACCGCUGGAGGGUCUUCGCCUACCUGCAGGGGGACUCCACCCGCAGGUGGCGCACCGAGCCCUUCCAGAUGUGCCGUGGCGGGGCCACGUGGCACCCGCCGGCGGAGGAGCAGGGCGGGGCGAGCGGGUCCCGCUCGCGCUCCCCGUCGAGGGGCAGGGGGCGGCAGCCCCGGGCCAGGGCGGCCGGGGCGCGGCAGCUGGAGCGCCGGGAGCGCCGGGAGCUGGAGGCGCUCUGGAAGGGCCUGACGCCCCACGUCGGCCCGCUGUGCAGAGCCACGUGCUGGUGCCUCGACCACGCCGACGCCGCCGUGGAGGUCGCGGGCGCGCUGGUGGAGGGCCUCUGCGAGGCGCGCCUGGCGCUGCCAGACCGCAUCGCCCGCCUGCUCCUCAUCUCCGACGUGGCGCACAACGCAGGGAGCGCCAUGGCCCCCGCGGCGUGGUGCUUCCGGCGCGAGUUCGAGGGCGCACUGCCCCGGGCCUUUGCGCGGCUGCGGGGCCCGUACAGCGCCGAGCCCAGCAGCUCGGCGGCCGACAGGGCCAGCGACCAGGUGCUGCGGGUGCUGCGCUCCUGGCAGGACCGCGCCGUGUUCCCGGCGCAGUUCGUGAGGGGCCUGGAGGCGGCCUUCUUCCGCGACGUGCUGUCGGCGGCGGGUUUCCUGGAGCCGGGCGGCGCCCAGCGCCUGCCGGAGGCGGUCGCCGCGAAGCUGGCCGAGUGGCGGGCCCAGCACUUCAGCCAGCUCGAGAAGGUCGGCAAGUCUCGCGGCGUCGACUGGCAGACGUCGCACCUGGAGCGCCCGGCCGGCGGCCGCGCGCUGGAGGAGGUGCGCAAGGAGUGGCUCCUGGACCGCCUGCUGACCUACGAGGUGUACGCCUGGGAGACGCGCGCCGCAGAGCCGCCCGCGGACGCUGGGCCGGCGGAGCACCCGCUGGCGCUGCCCUCCGACGGCGCCGUGCGGAGGAGGGCGGCCUGCCGCCAGGGGCGGCCCGCGGCGGCGGCCGUCGCCCUCCCAGAGAGCAUCGACGGCUCGUCGUUAUCCAGUGACGACGAGACGUACGUCGCCGAGCACGAGGCCGCGGUCGCGGCGGGCGUGCAGGCCGCCGGCCCGCCAGAUGCUCCCAAAGAUGGCGCUGGCUUGGGCAGUACCCUGGCGCGCGCGGAGGACACCGCGCCGUCGCAGGCGCACCUGGGCGACACGCGCGGCCAGGGCCGGACAGCCCGCAGCAGCGGCGCUCCCGAC